AUAAAUAAAUAGGCUAGCUGUACAUAAAUACUUCGUAGUAAACACAAAUUCAUAUUAGGUAUCAUUAUAAUUGUAGUGUCGCACAAAUAUACCUAUACAAAAUUAUUGGGCUCAUUGUGAUGAUGGUAUAAAAAUAAACCGCCGAUCAGUCAAUUAUUAUUUUAUCGCAAAUAGGUAAAAUGUAAAAGCAUUUCCAUCCCUCUCCCCACACACAUAAACAUGACCAAAUUACGCCACUGGUUUUGUAUUAUUAUGUUAUGACUGUAUAAUACGAGUACGACGUAAAUAAUGUGUAAAUGGCAAAAUCUCAUUUUUUAACAAAAAAUAGUUUAUAAUUUUCGGGUUAACACCGCCGGUAUACGCACUGCUCGGAAUCAUUUAGUUGAAUCUCAGUGAUUUAUCGUUGCUUUUAUAUUUAACGACCACAAGUCCACCCCAUCCUUACGCUCAGUCAUAGUCGUCCAUCUAACCAAAAACUUCCCGGCGGCGUCUUGUAAUAUCACUUUAUUUUUUUUUCAUCAAAAUUCAGUGUAUUGUUUCGCUCAUUGUCCGGGCCAGUGUAAACGCGCUCGCACACCACGGGUCGGACGGCGACACGCGGAGAAAUUGUAUAUUUAUCGCCGUCGAGCGCGUUCUAAUUAAAAUAUUCAGCGUCUAAUAUUUUAAUGGCUGUACCUAUACCCUAAAUACCUUCCGCGAGCGAUUAUCUGCGGACGCCCCAAGUUUAAUAAAUUGAAUUACGACCUGAAGCAGUCGGCGCGUUCCCUAUUCGAUUUCUAUUAUGCAUACGAAAACUAUUAUCUACCGUUGCAUUAUUAUAAUAUUAUAUUGUGCACUGCAGUGCUCAUUGCCCAUAUUAUAUUAUAAUUUACCGAUAAUGAUGUAUUAUAUCGUUAGUCGCGCGUAGUCGGUCUUCUGCACGUCGUUGCAGUGGUUCGAUUCAUUCGACAAUAACCGGUGGUAGUGCACCGUCCGACUUGGUUAGCUACCGAAAAGCCGUCUGUUUUUUAACGAUAACGCAUAGCCGUCAAACACCACGACUACAGUCGCGCAAGACACGCGACUCGUGAAAAAUCACGGUCAGUCGGAAAACGAUAUUGUAAAAAAUUUGAUGAUGCGCCGCGGGAUAGCUGUCGGCGGCCAGUCGUCGUCGUCGUUUCUGUUGAUACGGCUGUCGGCCAUUGGAUCGUGGCUGUUAUUGCUGUGGUGGUGUUGCACUGUCACGACCGCGACUGGUGCGACGGAAUCGGAAGAUUUCGACGAUUAUCGUUUCGACGGCAGCGUCUGUGAGUUCUACCAGCUCAUCGAGCCCGGAAACAAGUCGUACUAUUUGUACUCGCCCGGUUACCCAGAACCGUAUCAGGAAGCCCAGCAGGACCGAGAAUGCCAGUGGUUCGCAAAGACGCCUUCGCCCACCGAUCGGUUGGUGUUGGACUGUCACGAAUUUGAUUUGCCCGAGAGUUCAUUUUGUGAAUCAGAUGCAUUAAUUGUGUCCCGAGUUGGUGACGCUAACUUUACGGACGGCGUCAGACACUGUGGACCCACGUCGUUUACAGCUAUCAGCCGCACCAACAAGAUGUAUAUUAAGUUUGUGGCAAAACAUCAUAGCAAAAGCGGACGGUUUGUUUGCUCGCUGGGUGCGAAACACAUUGAUUUUUGGAUUCCGGAAACCGUGAUGAACCCUCAGUCAUGCGAAUGUGGAGAGCAAAACCAGGAAGUGUACACCAACGAGAAAACGGCAGGCGUGAGUGAGUACCCGUUAAUAGCUUCGCUGAUUGAUGGGAAGACGGCAAACGUGUUUUGCGGUGCGACGAUCAUCGGCAAGCAUCACGCACUGACUGCAGCCAGCUGUAUGACGGGCAUCGAUCAGUUUCAAAUUUCUCUAUUGGUCGGCGACCACGACAUGACGUCUAUAGGUAGUGACGGCGAUUUGGCAUCAUUGAUAAUGAUCACUGAAGUUUAUAUACACCCGUUGUUUGAAUCUUCAUCCUUUGCAUAUGACCUGGCCAUCGUUGAAGCUCACGAAGUAAUUACGUUUUCGUCUAAGGUAGGACCGGCAUGUUUGCCAUUCAAGCACGUCUAUAAAGAUUUUGUUGGCGAUACCAUCAAAGUAUUCGGCUGGGGUACUGCAAAGUUUAAUGAUCAUCCUGUAUCUGGCAACCUUCAUAAAUCUCAACUCAAGGUUGUACCGAUGAAACAAUGUGCCGAAACGUAUAAAAACGAAAUCGACGGAAAUUCGUUGUGUACACACUUAACCAAAGUUAAUUCUUGUCCAGUGGAUUCCGGUGGCCCACUUCUAUGGUCUGAUCCGUCUACCGGAAGGUUGAACGUCAUUGGUGUAGUUAGCAACAGGUUCGACUGCGCUAAAUCGAUGCCAUCCUUGCACACCAGGUUGGCAACAAUGAACAACCUGGAGUGGAUUAAAGUUAUACUGACGGGACAAUAUUAUUGCAAUUAGCGUGUGUAUUCAUAAUUUUUUGUGAAAUUAAUUAAUAUACAGAAAUAUUUUCAUAUUCUUCGAGAAGUAUAAUAAACAUGUGGACCAUCCAGUACUAUCUUAAAUAUAUAUUUUAAAAACUCUAUUAACAUUAGUUAAUAGAUAAUCAUAAAUAUUAGUUUAUGAUAUUAUAAAACAAUAGGUACAUAAUGACAACUAAAUAUUGUUUUCUUUAAACUCGUGUCUUAAUUUAAUUGAAUUAAAUGAUUUUUAUUUUAUAUA